AUGGCGCCAACUCAUCUCUCAUUCCACUCUAUUCAACCUGGACCGUGUAAGGAUUCGCUAGUGGUCACCCACCUAACUACUAACUUACCGGCGUGUGGCUUAAGUACGGCUGAGCGGACGGGAAGCCCUGUUCUCCACACCCUAUGGUCGUAUGUACUUAUUCUUGCAUUGAAGAGGAUUAUAUAG